GUAGUUGCAUUUGGAGUCGCGGGGACCUUGCUGGGCGCAGGGAUUCCCGGGAAGGGGUGGGAGCGCCGUUUUGACUGAAGUUGAACGGGGCGACUGGAAGGAAGAUGAAAACUGGCUGAAGGGAAUUGGCGGAGCCGUGAAGAAGCCUCCAGCCUGAGCAAUGGGGUGGCCUGCCCUCCUGCUUCUGCUCCUGGCUUUCCUGAUGCCGGGGUUUGCCGUCCCCGUACCUCCAGCCCUAAGGGCUCUCAGCAACCUGCACUUGUCAACCAGCCUCACAUCCCAUCCCGUCGCAGUCGGGAACUACUCCAUUCACUACAUUGAACAGAAGGUUGAUCAUUUUGGAUUUAAGAUCGAUAAAACUUUUAAACAGCGUUACCUGUUAGCUGAUCAACACUGGCAGAAAGAGGGUGGAUCCAUACUUUUCUACACUGGUAAUGAAGGGGACAUUAUCUGGUUUUGCAAUAAUACGGGGUUCAUGUGGGAUGUGGCUGAGGAACUGAAAGCUAUGUUGGUGUUUGCUGAACACAGAUACUAUGGAAAGUCGCUACCUUUUGGUGCCAGCUCUUUCAAGGAUUCCAGACACUUGAAUUUUCUGACAUCAGAACAAGCUCUGGCUGAUUUUGCAGAGUUAAUCAAACACUUGAAAAGGACAAUCCCAGGAGCUGAAAACCAACCUGUGAUUGCACUGGGGGGCUCUUACGGAGGCAUGCUCGCAGCCUGGUUCAGGAUGAAGUAUCCUCACAUGGUGGUUGGAGCUCUUGCAGCCUCUGCCCCUAUCUGGCAAUUUGAGGAUAUAGUACCAUGUGGUGUAUUUAUGGAAAUUGUAACUACAGAUUUUAGGAAAAGUGGCCCAAAUUGUUCCGAGAGCAUCCGCAGUUCCUGGGAUGCCAUUAAUCGACUCACAAGAACUGGUACUGGCUUGCAUUGGCUUUCUGAAGCUCUUCACUUAUGUACUCCAUUAACAAAUUCUCAGGAUGUUCAGCGUUUGAAAGAUUGGAUCUCUGAAACCUGGGUAAAUCUGGCAAUGGUGGACUACCCUUAUGAGUCUGACUUUUUACAGCCUUUGCCUGCGUGGCCAAUCAAGGUGGUAUGCCAGUAUUUGAAAAAUCCCCAUGUAUCGGAUAAAGAGUUGCUGCAGAAUAUUUUCCAAGCUCUGAAUGUAUAUCACAAUUAUUCAGGCCAGGUGACAUGCCUGAAUAUGUCAGAGAUAGCAACUAGUAGUCUGGGAACCCAGGGUUGGAGCUAUCAGGCCUGCACAGAAAUGGUCAUGCCCUUUUGUACAAAUGGGAUUGAUGACAUGUUUGAACCUCACUCAUGGGACUUGAAGGAAUUUUCAGAUGAUUGUUUUAAACAGUGGGGUGUGAAACCAAGGCCUUCCUGGACCACUACUACGUAUGGAGGCAAAGACAUCAGUUCCCAUACGAAUAUCAUUUUCAGCAAUGGUGACCUAGACCCCUGGUCAGGAGGUGGAGUAACCAAGAACAUCACAGACACCUUGGUUGCCAUCACUAUCCCAAAUGGGGCCCAUCACCUAGAUCUUCGAGCCAACAAUGCCUUUGAUCCCACGAGUCUGCUAUUAGCCCGCUCCUUGGAAGUUAAAUACAUGAAGCAGUGGAUCAGAGAUUUCUAUGCCAGUCUGAGAAACACACGCUGAGAAACUUUUGAUAAUUUUCAGUUUCUUCUUUUAUGUUCCUUCCACCCACAUUCCCAUUUACUUUGGUUUUCUACACAAAAUUACUUUCCCUUGUUUAUUAUUGGAUUUGGUGAGGCAAAGGCUGAGACAGAAGAGAGGGUGAUGGUGGAGACAGCAGCCAUUCCACACCCCAGGUCCUUGCCUUCUUUGACCACCUCUGGGGAGAAUCUCUUUGUGGCAGCUUUCCCUUCCUACCAGGGCCCUCAUAACUACAGCAGGGUUCCUGCCUUUCCCAAGAGGGGGAGUCCAUUCCUUUGUUUCUCUGCAAGCAGAGGUUUCUCUUGGUUUUCAGACUGAAGUCUCUUUGGCCCAUUUGUCAGUCCCCACCCUUGCUCUCCCAAAAGGAAAAGCAAAACAUAAAGAUGAUAUAAAUGCAGCUAAUAGAAAGGAUGUCUGAUGCCAACCCAGGAAAAAGGAGUCAUUUCAUGUGUCCUUGAUUUAACAACUUAGAACUAUGCUGUAAAUAAAGAGUAAGGUGGUACCUUG